UUGGUUUAUUAAUCACCGCUGAUGGACAGUGGAACAAUGGAAAAUACCAGAGACUAGCAGAAACACCACAACAUACAGUAGGUGGAGAAUCUUGUUAGAUUAUGUUAUAAAAUGAGAAAAGACUGUACAUUUAAGGGCACCACAGCUUGUCACUUGACCAGUAGCCUUCAAGACUAUUUUGUACCAUUUCUACAUUUGAAAACCCUUUAGGUAACAAAAUAGGUGUUUAAAGGAAAAAAGUCUAAGACUUGUCAAAGGCAGUUAAACAUGCAAUCAUUUUUCACAAACAAAAAAUUCUACAUACAAGGACGCAUUAUCUGAAAACAAUUGGUGUAAAAGCAAGGAAUCGGCCAGGAACUCUUCAAAAGGCACACCUUUGUACCUUUUCAACAACUAAAGGAUGCACAUUGUUGCUUGUUUAUUAGAACUUCAAGUCGUAUGACCUAAAUGUUAGAUAUUAGCAAGCUUUUGAAAAGCUAUUGCUCCAGUGCUAGUCUUUGUAUCUUUUUUGCUAAGAGUGUGGACUGCUCCUUUCUGUUUCCUACACCUCCUUGAAUGUCUAGGGUAACAAAAACAAGUAUAUGUCAGUGUCCGUGAAGUGUUGUUUGGGAUGCACGGCGCAAACGCACUGGAUGUGGUCCUCAGCUGCCUGGGGAGAGGCAGAAUCUUGUAGCCUCAACAGAGGGGUGGGAGGGGGAGCGUGGUCCAAUCACCCAUGAGCCACUGCUGGAUAUUUUAUUUGUCAGCACAUCUAUCUGUACAAGCGGGGGACCAAUGGCUGCAGAGGAAGUGGUCCUUCUGUCACAGAAACAGUUGGCACAGAAGCAACAUAUUACAGCAUUAUCCAACCCCCUCCUGGUCUCUUGCCGUCAUCUCCUCCCUCCCCUUCAACUCCCUCCUUUAUCUCUUGCUCUGUAUCGUUUUCCUGCAAGCUCUUUUAGCCAUCAAUGAAAUUGCAACCAACCCUGCUGUUGACCGACUCUUGCAGCUGGCUAAGCGAACCAGCAGGGCUUCAGGACAUCUGCCAUAUCACACAUUCACAGAGUGAGCACUGUUAUUCUCCAAUCAGACCCGUUGUUCUUUGCAAUACGGCUUGUAUUUUCUUCUCCAGAGAUCUCCCUGUGCCUCGUUUAGCUUUCUCUUUUCCUCAGGAUUUAAUCCUACUAGCUGUUUUCCCCUCUCUUCUCCUCUAUCCCCACUGACUCCUCCCUCCCUUGCUCUCAUACUCACGAACGAACACACUUGAACACAAGCACACAUACAUACACACGCACACACACACACCCUCCUCCCCCAUCGCUGCAGUGUCUCUUAACUGCCUUGGAGCUAACAAGAGGGUAAAUAGCACACCGACAAUUAUUAGAGAAGGAGAGAGAGCACAACACAGAGAUAGAGUGGCAGUGAAUGAGUGCAUGUGUGCGAGGAGAUUCAGGCAGAUCUGAGGAUGUUGGCGAUUCGGGACUAAGGGGACGUAUCGCGCGCUCCCUCUGCCUCCCAAGUGAAUGUUUGUCUGCAGUGUUGCUGGUGAAUGGACGGCAAGCGGUGAAACGGAACGAGGGCUUUUAGCUGCCUCACUGGCUUAUGUAAGCAGGACAGUCUAGUACACAGAUGCCCGAAACAGUUCACAAAAACAAAGGUCUGACAGUCCAUCGGAUGGAACGUUCUGAAGAAAACUAAGGGAGGGAGGAGCUGUCAAUGGAUGAAUGAGUCACAGAAAUUCAAGCAAUCACACUGGACGCCAUGAGGGAGGAGAGUGAAGGAAUUUUACGGUUCCGACUUUCUCUUGAUGAACACUGACAAGUCCACUAAAAGCCCACCGUGCUAAGGGGAUAAGUCCCCUGAUAUGAACCUCAAAUUCUUGGGAUCUCCAAAUCAAACAAGCCCUAAUGCCAGGGCCUGAGUGUGGCUUUCGCCAUGUCAUGGUAGCACUGCACACCAAAACAUCAACCCUUGAAAAAAAAAACUAAACUGUAGACUUGCACAAUGAAAGUUUUCUAACACCAAUCUGGCAGACGCUUACUGUAGGAACAGCUCAACUGUAUCAACAUAUUGCAUUGCAUACUUUUCACCAUCCAUUCUCCCUCUCUCUGGGAUUACCAGCGAAGUCCAACUAUGGGGUGCCGGCAGAGUACAGAGGAGAAGGAGGCCGCCAGACGUUCAAGGCGCAUCGAUAGACACCUACGAUCAGAAAGCCAGCGACAGCGUCGUGAAAUUAAACUUCUGCUUCUAGGCACCAGCAACUCAGGCAAGAGCACCAUCGUGAAGCAGAUGAAGAUCAUCCAUAGUGGAGGCUUCAACCUAGAGGCCUGCAAGGAAUACAAGCCUCUCAUCCUUUACAACGCCAUUGACUCACUCACCCGCAUCAUCCGUGCCCUCGCCACCUUGAAGAUAGACUUCCAUAACCCUGAUCGUGCUUAUGAUGCAGUGCAACUCUUUGCCCUCACCGGGCCGGCUGAGAGCAAGGGCGAGAUCACGCCAGAGCUCCUGGGGGUGAUGAAGCGAUUGUGGGCUGAUCCAGGCGUCCAGGAGUGUUUCUGCCGCUCUAAUGAGUACCACCUAGAGGACAAUACAGCAUAUUAUCUAAAUGACCUGGACCGCAUUUCCGCCCCAGAGUACAUCCCAACUGUCGAGGACAUUCUGCGCUCACGUGACAUGACCACCGGCAUUGUUGAGAACAAGUUCACCUUCAAAGAGCUCACCUUCAAAAUGGUGGAUGUGGGUGGCCAGCGUUCAGAAAGGAAGAAGUGGAUCCACUGUUUUGAGGGUGUGACUGCCAUUAUAUUCUGUGUGGAGCUGAGCGGCUAUGACCUCAAACUUUAUGAAGACAACCAGACGAGCCGUAUGGCAGAGAGCCUGCGUUUGUUCGAUUCCAUCUGCAACAACAACUGGUUCACCAAUACCUCGCUCAUCCUCUUCCUCAACAAGAAGGAUCUUCUGGCUGAGAAGAUCAAGCGUAUCCCGCUUACGGUUUGCUUUGCUGACUACAAGGGCCAGAACACCUACGAGGAGGCGGCUGUGUACGUGCAAAGGCAGUUUGAGGACCUCAACCGCAACAAGGAGACCAAGGAAAUCUACUCGCACUUCACUUGCGCCACUGACACCAGCAACAUCCAGUUUGUGUUUGACGCGGUGACGGACGUGAUCAUCCAAAACAAUCUCAAGUACAUUGGGCUGUGCUAGGACGAGGGGAUGGGGGAGAGAGGUGGCAGGUGCGGCAAACGAAAAACUCUUGAUGAAAGACAAGGCCUGUCUGUCAAUUGUUUGGGUGCCCUCGAAAACAUUUGCUGAAACAGGAACUCAGUUGAAGCCCGGAGGAAAGGGCUACAUGCUGCCAUCCUGCUAGAUUUAUCAAUGUCGAAAAUGUAAAGGUCAAGAAGGAUUUUACAAGGUUGGUAUAAAUGUGUUUGCACUGAACAUAUGAGUAUGUAGACACACACACACACACAGACAUGCAUCGUUAUGUUUUUUCUCACACAUCAGACUUUGGGAUCAGCCGUCAAGCCUCUGUUUGACAUGGAAACACUGGAAACAGAUCUCCCCGCUCCUCUUUUCCCGGAGAAACAGCAGGAAUUCCUUACCAUCCAAGAAUAGGGAUCGUUCAACCAAAAAUGACAAUUCUGUCAUCAUUUGCUCAUGUCGUUUUAAACCUGGCUUCUUUUCUUUUGUGCAGCAAAAAUGAGAUGUUUAGUAGAAUUUCCCUUCUCUUUUCCAAACAAUGACAGUGAACGUUAUAUGAAAAAAAUUGUGUUACCUUAUUAGGAAAGAUUACAUCUCAAAGUGAAAUCCUUGAUUACAUUUCAGUACAUCACGGUUUCAGUACAUAAUCCUGUGUUUGUUUGUUUUGUUUUUUUUGUUUUUUUUUGAUUGUUAGGGAUAUUCAAAAUCAUUCUGAGGCUUACACAAGUAAUAGUACAAUAACACAGAGUAAAUUUCCUUAAUAUUAAUCAGUCUUAAAGUCUGCAUGAACCAGAAGCUGCGACCUUUUUUCCAUAUUGUGAUGCAAUUCUUAGAAAAAUGGAACAUUAAGUGAGAAAACAGUGGGCGUGGCUUGUUUUUUGUCUACUGUGAGCUGACUGGAUGUAGUAAAGUAAGCGUUUUAUUCAAAAAGAUAAAGAAAAGGGUUUCGGGAAAGUUAUUACAACCUAAAAGAACCCUGGUCCUCACCGUUUCUGUUUGUUGUCAUACCACUGUCAAGACGUUGUCUAAGUAUUGAAAACAGGAAGCGCAUUUUCAGAUUUCCUUUCUAAAUGACAUGCAUGGCAAAUUGUUCACCAUGAAACUAGCAAUGUGAGCUAACAAAAUCAAUAUUUUUAGAUCUGAUUUUAUGUGUAAUUUAAGACUAUGACUUACGAAGUUAAUGACGGAAUGAGUGUCAGUCAGUUUGGUUUUGAGGUGUGCUUUACUUCUAGUCUGAACACUUUUGGGUGCUCUUUGUCCAUAUUCAAUGUUGCUACCAUAGGUGAGAAAGAAUCUCUUCAAUUUAUUGAACAAGUUCUUAUGAAAAAAGCUAACUAAUGAAAGUGAGUGAAGAAUUAAAGAUGGCUAUUCUAAUUUUUAGAAUAAUUUUUAAGUGCACAAAAAAUACAUUAUGACAAAAUCUGUCAGAAAUUGAUAAGUUGAUCAACAGUAUAUAUUCUAACAUAUUCAAACAUCAAGCAAGCAUUGCUUUGGUUUGUAUAUAUAGUAGGUCAGCUAGUAUGAACAGGUAAAAUAUUUCCCACUCCCCUGCCAUCAAGAGGGACUCUAGCGACAGUUGCUAAAUGUAAGUCUUUGGCAUCCUUGUUAGUGCACCUGCCUCCCAUGUCAAAAACUAUGAUUCAAAAGCUGCUCGGAACAGGGCAAGUGAAACCAGAGAGGUUAUAUUGGUGCCAUGACCCAGAAGGGACUAAUAGGAACUGUGUGAGGAAACCUGUGUGCGUGACCCCCAUUUUGUAAACACAGGUUUAAAAUCCUUCUCACAGAAGACAUGUACUAGCAAAUGACACAAGGGGCCAUGGUCUUUAGCAUCCUUCUUACUGUACCCACAAACAGUUCUGGAAACAAUGGUUUGAAAUACGCUCAUAGCUGGGAUGAGUAGAACAGGAGGGGUAACAUUGGUGCCGAAACCUAAGUGAGGGCGAGGUGGAGGGAGAUCUGCAUGACGGAGAGCAGAUAGUAGGAACUACCCUGGUCUCAAGAGACUCCAGACUUUAGUGUCCUUCUUAGGAUCCCAUGCUGUAAAUUCUGGUUCAAAUCCCACUUGGUGUGGAGCAAGAAGAACCAGAACAGUUAUACUGGUUAUAUUUGCAGUGUGUUCAAGUGCAACUUGAACAAUCUGCUUGUUAAGAUGUGACGUAUGAAAUAUUUUUUCUGGGUCCAAGUCGCUAUACUCAUUUGAAUUGAGAAAAUAUUUAACACACAUUAAAGUUAAUUUUACAUCAAAUCAUACUGUACACAACAGUCUCUGGACUUGCUGCAUCAUAAAUACCAAAAUUUUAACAAUUUAUUUAAAGAAAAUCACUUUCUGGCCAUUGGAUAUUAGGCAUGGAUAGGGUUAUAUAUAUAUUUUGAUCAUGAUUUUCGAAAGUAUUACAUCGCUUUGUAAACGUUUAUUAUUGCCAUUUGAUGAGUCUCCCUAUACAGUUUGAUAUAUCGAUUUAACUCGGGAGCCAAUUCGCGUGACGUAACACUUAACAAGUGGAUGAUUCAACACAGUCAGCUUUUGUUUUGUGCGUGAAUAUACUUAAAGUUUUAUACUCAUAUAGAAAUUUGGAAUGUAUGCAAGCAUGAAUGAAAUUUGAAAGCUGCAAUUUUUGCUUUAAACUUUAAUUAAAUUGAAAAGGGCAGUGUGAACAUCCAGCUAAACAUCUCUUUUUGCACUUUACAAAAGAAAUAAAGUGAGGAGGGUGAGUAAAUGAUAACUUAAAGGUGAACUGUUCCUUAAAGGUUCUUUGAUUUGCAAGAUUUAAGUAAUGCUGCUUUUGGAGAGGAUAAAGAGUUUAUAUGAAAUUAUAACUGUAUAUUAUGAAAGGUUAAAAAUAUUCUGAGAGAAAGAUGGAAAAAUGUUGAUGUCAUUUGGUUUUACUCCAAAGGUGAAAACUGCCUCUGUCUGAAUAUGAAGUCAAAUGUCUUUUUUUUUUAACUCACAUUGACACUGUAGAUUAUUUUUGGCUGUCUGACCCCUAGGAAGCAAUCUAUUUUCUUGUUUCAUUUUUUAUGUUUUCCUUUUGCCUAAAAUAGGAUGUAAUCCAGAGUUUUUAGAGGAAAUGUCCUUCUUUCCAUGAGAGUGUUACGAUGACAUGAGCAUUAAGUGUUUCAUAACGAUCAUUCCAGAUUCAAAGAAAAAUAAACAGUGCCAAUAUUAAUGUAAAUAAAAAAGGCCCGUCAAUCAUGUUACUUUUUCAGUUUUUAUGAACAAAAAAAAGUAUAUAUAUAUAUUGAAACAUAAAAUAUGCAUGAUUUUGUUACUUUGGGAUUUUGAUAAAUUAUAGUUUGAUUUGCUUUCUUAUAUUUUUAGUUUUACUAACAUGCUCCAAAAAUAUAUCAAAGUCAAACACUGUGUACGAUUGUACAGUUGUUUCCUGCGAGGUAUUUAUUGAAAAGAGUUUUAUGUGCAGAAAGAGUAAUUUUAUGUCCAGCGCAACCUAAUCUCAGCACGGAAAACAUUAAAAGAGGAUUUACUCCUCCAAUUUUGUCUGUAAAAAGAAAAAUGAGAGAAGGAGAGAGAAAAGAAAACCUAUAAAGAGCAGAUUCUUUCUAUUCUGGUGUCAUUUCGAGUGGACAUUGUCCGCUGUAUGUGUAAAUACUAUGUGAGGUACACUUUGUGAGACAAUGAAAUAAACAAAAAAAAUCACUUUUUAA